AUGGGGUAUGAGGAAAACGCAACAAAGGCAAGUGGGGUAACAGAGCAGGAGAGGAGGCGAGCACUAGGGCAGGCAAUGGAUGGGCAGGUAAUGAGGUGGUUCGUGCGGAGGAUGUGGAGAGGGGUAGUGUUGGAAGCGGAGCCAAAAGGGGAGGAACAGAUGCGAGAGGUGCAGAAAGUGGGGGCAUGGGUGAGCUUACCCGUGAAGGAGGAGGCAGAAUGGGCGAUAGGAGACACCAUGGGAAAGGAAGGGAAGAAGGCACUGCAAGCAGUGCUGGCCAAGUACAGACAUGCCUUCGCCUUUACACUACAAGAGCUGGGGAAAUGUACGGUGAAAGAAAUGGAGCUGAAGCUGACUACAGAUGAGCCGGUGUUCCAGAGGAAGAGGCGGAUGGCCCCGGGGGAUGAGGAUGUCUGCAGGGAAAAAUGCAAGGAGUUGCUUGAAGCAGGCCUGAUCCAGAGGUCGGAAUCAGAGUAUGCCACGCCUACAGUGAUAGCUGCAAGGAAGGAUCUUACGGGGGAGGUGCUGAGCAGGCGCAUGUGUGGGGAUUACCGAGCGCUGAACAAGCUGACCGUGCCUGACAGGUACCCCAUGCCAACAGCAGAAGAGAUCUUCGACAGACUAGGGGAGGGGGAGAUAUUUAGCACGUUAGAUCUUCGGCAGGGCUUCAAUCAGAUCAGGAUCAAGAAGGAGGAUGUUCGCAAGACCGCAUUUCACGGGGCGGACGGUUUGUAUGAGUGGCUGUUCAUGCCUUUCGGGCUGCGAAACGCAUCAGCCAUAUUUCAACGCGUGAUGGAUAGUGUAUUGCGGGGGCUGGAGUGUGCGGCAUGCUACAUAGAUGACGUGGUCAUCUUCAGCAAAACAGAGGAGGAACAUGUGAGAGAUGUGGAGCGUACCUUGGAGGCGCUGGUAGCGGCAGGACUGACCUGCCACCCAAAGAAGUGUCGGUGGGGGGAGGCGACAGUGCAGUAUCUGGGGUAUGAGGUGAAGGGAGGCCAGAUAGGGAUUCAUAAGGCUAAAGUUGCGGUAUUGGACCGACUGCAGCAGCCCAAGGACAGGAGCGGAUUGCGGGCGGUGCUGGGGUUUCUCAGCUACUACCGGCGCUUUGUGCCCAAUUUCAGCAAGCGAGCAGUGGCGCUGAACUCCCUGUUAAAGGAGGACAAGAAGUGGGAGUGGGGAGCAGAGCAGGAAGGGGCGCUGAGGGAUUUAAUGGAAGCAGUACAGACAGCAACAGUGUUGCAACUGCCACAGGCGGACAAGCCCUUUUCCCUAUACACUGACUGGAGCAGCCAGGGCAUGGGUGCAAUCCUCUGCCAGGAGCUAGAUGGGGAGGAGAGAGUAGUGGCAUAUGCGAGCCGGAGCUGCAACCCGGCGGAGGCAAAGUACAGCUCGUAUCACGGGGAAGGGCUGGCGGCCGUAUGGGCGGUGAAGCACUUUAGGGUGUAUCUGCAGGGCAGAGAAUUCACCUUAAUCACCGACCAUCAGCCGCUGCAGUGGUUGAUGACACAUCAGGGGCUGACGGGGAGAAACGCGCGCUGGGCGGUCACGCUGCAGGAAUAUGACUUCAAGAUACGGCACAGGCCAGGGAAGACACUACAGCACGUGGACGGGCUCUCAAGGAACCCGCCGUCAGCAGAGCCAGUGCAUACGCUGAUGAUGCUGGCCAAGCAGGGGGAGGCGGCGGCAGUAGUGAAGCAGAGAGGGCCGCAGGACAUAUGGGAGGACCCGGUGGCACUGCGGUGGAUCAGAGGGGAGACGGAGGCAGAUGAGCAAGUGGCAGACGGGGUAAGGGCACGAGGACACCAUUACCGAUGGUACCAAGGACAGCUGCAGCUGCAGUCAGUGGACAGGUGGAAGCUGGUGCCGGCACCACAUGAGAGAGGAGGUGUGAUUGAGGAGGUGCACAGUAAAUUGGGGCAUUUCGGGCAUGAGCGCACAACUCAGCUGCUGAAAACAGGCUGGUGGUGGCAGGGAAUGGGGAAGCAGGUCAAGGAAUGGGUGAGCGGGUGCGAGGGCUGUCAGAGGAGCAAGGGGCGGUCAUCAGGGGCGGUCUCCUGCGCAGAGAGAGCGGCAAUGGGGCGAUCAAGAACGACGCAGGGGAGGUCAGGAAGGGUGGAGGAGGAGUCAGAGCCAGUUUGA